GGGAUCGCACGGGUGCUGUCAAAAAGAUGGUGGUGCCGAGCCAGAGCUUGUUGCUGGGGUGGUGGGAGUGUGGGGGAUCGAGUGUGUGGGCACUAAGAGGGACAUGCUGCAAGAGGGUCUGAAGACGCAUCCGGACCCAACUAUACUCUGUACGUUGGAUGUGUCUGAGGCCUUAGAGGACCUUCAAGGUGAGUGGUCGGCAAGGGACCCUCGUGAGUCCUGGGUGGCAUUGAGUAGAGGUCCUAAAGGGGAGCACUUCGUUGUGGAAGUUGAUGUGGGUGGACGCAAGUGCGGCGCCUUCGUAGACAUUGGCUCCACGCGAAACUUCAUAAGUCGCGACGGCGUUGACAGACUGUGCCUAAAGGACCGGGUGCAGCGUCUUAGUAGACCGGUAGCAUCUACUUUGGCCAACAAAGAGCGCAUGAUGGUGGAGGACUACGUUAAAGAUAUAGUCUGCACUUUCUCCUACCCAGGAGGAGAGAUAAACCAUAAGAUAUCAUUCCUGGUGAGCGACGAGUUGCCCUUUGACAUGUUAUUGGGCAUGUACUACCUCGAGGUUUCCAAGCCCCAGUUUGACUGGGACAAGAAGGUUUUGAAGCACGAGUUGCGUAGUGGGAGAACCGUGAGACUGGCCAAGUACAAAGGCAGUAGGUUAAUAGACUCCUAUGGGUGCCUAUGCGCGUCUGCCUUCUAUAACUAUUAUAAACAGAUUCACGAGGAAGGAAUGUACUUAGUCUAUGUCUCUGCAAAAGGGGAGGCCGUUAAAACACCCCAAGAGAUAGAGACCAUCGUCGCCAAGUACCCAGAUCUGUUCGAGGAGCGUACAGGAGUCGUAGACAGGGAGAUUGUCCAUGCCAUAGAGAUUAUCCCAGGAAGUAAAACACCUAACGGUAGAAUCUAUAGGAUGGCUCCAGCCGAGUUGGACGAACUUCGGCGGCAACUGAAAGAGCUCACAGAGAAGGGUUGGAUCCGGCCUAGCACUUCCCCCUUUGGCUCACCAGUAUUGUUUGUUCCGAAGAAAGGGGGAACACUAAGGAUGUGCAUUGAUUCUAGAGGCCUCAAUGCCAUCACCGUUAAGAACGCAGAGCCUCUACCACGCAUCGACGACCUUCUGGAUAGGGUGCAGGGGUGUAAGUACUACACAAAGAUAGACUUAAAAUCCGGCUACCAUCAGAUUGCCAUAAGACCAGAGGACCAGCACAAAACCGCAUUUCAAACCAGGUACGGUCUGUACGAGUUUGUGGUGAUGCCCUUUGGCCUUUGCAAUGCGUCGGGUACAUUUCAGCACGCCAUGAAUAGGAUCUUCCAUGACUACUUGGACAAGUUUGUUGUCGUGUACCUCGACGACAUACUUAUCUUCAGUAGAUCUGUCGAGGAGCAUGCUCAGCAUGUAGACAAAGUACUUUCACUCCUUCGGCAGCACAAGUAUAAGAUAAACUAUGAGAAAUGCGAGUUUGGUCGCACACAAAUCUUGUACUUGGGUCAUGAGGUAUCCGCGGAUGGAAUUAGGCCCGAAGAUGCGAAAGUGGCUAGCAUUCGUUACUGGCCACGACCCCAGCCAGUGACUAAGGUCAGGUCGUUCUUGGGAAUGCGUGGUUAUUACCGCAAUUUCGUAAAGAAUUAUAGCACGAUCACAUCUCCCUUGACUGAUCUAACUCGACUCGAUACACCAUGGGACAUGACUGACGAGUGUGAGGCAGCUUUCAAGCGUUUGAAGCAUGCUCUCACGCAUCAUGAGGUUCUCAUGGUACCCGACCCGCAAAGGCCGUUCGUUGUAACCACUGACGCAAGCCAAUAUGGGAUUGGCGCAGUGCUGGCUAAGCAGGAAGGGAAGAAGUUGAGACCGAUCGAGUACAUGAGCAAAAAGAUGCCUUCAAAGAAGUUGGCAAAGUCCACCUACGACAGGGAACUCUACGCUCUUUACAAGGCACUUGUCCACUGGAGGCACUACCUGUUAGGAAGCAAGAAUGGCAAGAGGCACAUCUUUGUCAUAGUGGAUAGGUUCACUAAGUACGCUAGACUAAUCGCCAUGCCAGAGACUGCCAGGACUGAGGACGUCAUCAAGUUGUUCAUGGACAACUGGAUGGGCAGCCAGCUUCAUAUGACUUCUGGGAAUCAUCCCGAAGCAAAUGGGCAGGCUGAACAGAUGAACCGAGUGGUGCAGCAUCUGCUGAGGCAUUACAUCAAGCCCAGCCAGGAUGACUGGGAUGAGAAGUUGCCUCUCAUCGCCAGUCUGUACAACAAUGCUGUACACAGCACCAUCGGUGUCAGUCCUAAUCAGUUACAUCUCGGAUGGAAGCCUAGAUCCGCUCUAGACUUCCUCCUGCCUGAAAACCGAACUGCUGCAACUCCUGGAACCAUUGAAUUUGGUGUCCAGUAUGAGAAACUGUUGCAGCAGACUGUCGAACAUAUUAAGAAAUCUCAGGAGGUCAUGAUUGCUUCUGAGAACAAGCGUCGUCGACAGUCCACAUUUCAGGUAGGGGAACGUGUCUGGGUCGAGGCUAGUGAACUGGGACAGGAGUUUGGCAUCUCUAGGAAACUAAUGCCACAGUAUUUCGGUCCCUGGGAAGUCCUGGAUAUCGUGGGGAAUGAUUUGGAUGGUCCCCCGUACGUUAUUCGUAUCCCUGGUCACUUACGCACUUACCCUGUUUUCCACACUUCCAAACUUGCACCUUUUGCUGAGACAGCACAGCUCCCAUCACGGAGAUCUAUGCUGCCCCCAACCAUGGAUGGCCACGUGGACGUCGACGACAUCCUGGAUCACAGAGAUACGCCUGUUCCUAAGCCACCUGGCAGGGGAAGACCUCCCAAACCUGCGAGGGAAUACAGAGAGGCCAAAAGGCUGGAAUGGCUGAGAAUGAGGCAGCAGAGGGAGCUUGACCAGCUCAUUGCAUUUGAGAUGAAGAGGAGGAGGCUUGCACAAGAAGCAGAAGAGAAGCUCAUGAAGGAAAAGCAGAGGGAAGAGGAGGAGAGGUUGUUGAAAGUCAAGCGUGACAGGGAAUGGCAGGGAGAGUUGAGAAUGCGAGAGCUUCAGCGGGCUAAGGAGGAAGCCGAGUUAGAAAGGAAAGGACGGCAAAUGGCGGCAGAGCGAUAUGCACAAGACAUGGCGCAAGCGGCUGCUGAAAGAGAGCGUCAGAAGCAGAGACAACAGGAGGCAGCGCAGCGUGAACAAGAAAGGCUUGAGAAACAGGCAAGACGACGACUGCACCCAUGCAUCGCCAAGUUUUUUGGACUUUCUCAUCUCUUUGCGAAGAAGACAAGAGGAGAUGGACAGGAAGGACCACGAAAGGCAGGAAAUCAUGGAAGAAAGGAAAAGGCAGAAGCAGCUGGCUAAUCUGGAGCAACGCGCGCGGGCACAAGCGAGGCUAUCAGCGGCUUUGGAAAAUGGGCAGUAUAUCCUAAUGAAGAAGCGAGACGAUU